AUAAAGUCCAGUGAAUUGUGAAUUACUGAAGGCAGCAGCGACUUGCUAGCCAGUUCGUUAAAUAAUAUCAGCUGCUCAGUGCAUGGAUAGAGGCCAUCUAUUAAUAGCCCCUGCAGGAAAUCAGAGAAAUUGUGCGGUCGGUUCGUUUGACGUUCGGAAUCAUUCCGGAGUAAAUCUCCAGCGAGACAUCGGGUGUAGUGCAUUGUGAAUAACCUUGGGACACCAGCAAGGACUUCAUAAAAGGCACUGUAACUAGGUGCAGUUUUAAUUGAAGAUAGUAAUGGAACAAGCUCCGCAGGACGUGUCUUCUAGACCGUCCCAUGCUUGUAGAACAACUUCCCGCAAUCACCAGAUGGAUGCUCUAGUUGCGUCUCUAUCAUCUUCAGGGGCCUCAGAGAACCGCUCAGCUCCGUUCUGCAACUGUGAAUAUCCGGCUAUCACGCGAUCACGUCAAAAGGGUCGCAGGGUGGAGCGGUGCAAAUGCGGCGAGGAUACAUCUUCGAGACUAGAUUGGGUCUGGGAUGAUGAAACGAGCUACAGCGAUUCGAAAAUACUCAACGGCACCGAGAUCGUUUUUCAUCCUGUCUAUAGUCAGGGUACGGCUGUGAUAAGAGCCAAUCAGCCGCUGCAGCCUGGUCGGCAUCAUUACUGGGAGAUCAAGAUUUUGAGCACACUAGCAGGAACAGAUAUAAUGCUCGGAAUCGGUACCGACAGAAUGAGUCUCCAAGCCCAUCGGUUCAAGUUCGCUAGCGUACUAGGUUUGGAUGACCAAUCCUGGGGUUAUUCGUACCGGGGACUCAUCCAGCACAACAAUCAACUUAAGUACUAUGGAAAAAAGUACAGCCAGGGCAGGAUAAUUGGCGUGUACGUUGAUUUGUUCCAGGGAACUUUGGAGUUUUACUUAAAUAGACGAUCGCUAGGCCGAGCUUACGUCAACAUUCCACGAGAUGACAACGUCCUCAUUUAUCCGAUGGUUUGCUCUACAUCGGCCAAAUCAUCUCUCAAACUUAUUAACGCUGCUUCUUUCAACGACAGUCUUGUGUUCAGAUGUAUGAAAAUAGUAUCUAGGUAUCCAAAACUAGUGGAACAGGUCGAAAAAGUUCCCGGGCUGCGUCGACUAUCAAGUGACCUGUGGUUCUUGCAAUUCAAAGACUCGAAAAAGACUGAUGAAUUCCAGCGUAACAAUCUGCUGCUGGAAGAUGAGGCUCUUCUGUGCGGACUCAAGAAAAAGAAAUUGGAAAAAAUAGUUUCUCAGGCAGAGGCUCACUGUUCAACGAAUGAUCAAAGUGCGAACAUCACCGAAGAUCAAAUUUAUGAAAAUAUGUUUCCUGUACAGAAGUCUUGCAAACAUCCUAGCGAUGAUAGUAGUUGUAGUAGUAGUAAUUUUAGCGAAGAUGAAGAACUUCAUUCUAUGAUUUCGAGAGAAUUUUUCUGUAAUCAUUGAUUACAGAUACACUUAAUAAAGCAAAACACCACUUUA